CUGGUGGAGGGAACAGGGUUGCCUCGUGCCGCAGGGCUUUACCGGGAAUUAAAUUAUCUGCCGUCCGGCGGACUCUGUCGGUUCCGGAAGGAGGAAUUAUAACCCAACAAAAUGCAUCUUUUGGGGAUUUGGAUGCUGAUGGCUGCUGUGCAGGUUGUGGUUCUGGGUGGGGAGGCCGAGCGGCUGUUGUCAAGCAAGCCGGGGUCGUUGCCAUGCAGGAGGGGCUUUACUCAGGAGGAAUACAUCAUCCAAACAGACCAAGAGCUGGCAAAGGGACAGGCUGUCUUCAACGUGAGCUUUAUGGACUGCGGUAGAGCGAAGGUGUGGAUGGAGGUUGGAGAUUCGUCUGAUUUCGGGGUGAACGGGGACGGUGUUGUCUUUGCCCUGCGCCGCCUCAGUCUAGUGGGGAAGGAAAAAGCGGAGGUGAUCUAUGCUCGAGACCUACAGUCCAAACAGGUGUGGAAGACCAGAGCACACCUCCACCUCCAUCCACAGGGCAACAGCACGGGACCUGUGCAGGUAAAGCUUGAUGAUGCAACACUGACUCAGCGGGUACCAGAGAUCUUGUUUCCAUGGCGCAGCAUGGUUGUCAGGGGUGAUGGCACUCUGAGGCGGGUUAAGAGGGACUGGGUCAUUCCGCCUAUCAACGUCCCUGAGAACUCACGAGGACAGUUCCCUGAGGACCUCGUCAGGAUUCGCUCAGACAGAGAUAAUAAUCGGAUGCUGCGUUACAGUGUGACGGGCCCCGGGGCCGACCAGCCUCCGACCGGCAUCUACAUCAUCAACCCAAUCUCAGGCCAGCUGUCUGUCACCAAGCCCCUGGACAGAGAGCACAUCUCCAACUUCCAUUUGCGAGCCCACGCUGUGGACCUGAAUGGGAAUCAGGUGGAGAACCCCAUCGACAUCGUCAUUAACGUCAUUGACCAGAACGAUAACAGACCAGAGUUCACACACACCAUCUUCAACGGCACUGUACCGGAGGGAUCCAAGCCUGGAUCCUUUGUGAUGACAGUGACAUCCGUGGACAAGGAUGAUCCAAAAACUGCUAAUGGGAUGCUUCGAUAUAAGAUCCUCUCCCAGAAUCCCCAGAGCCCCUCCACCAACAUGUUCACCAUUAACAACAAGACCGGUGACAUCAUCACUGUGGCAGCAGGCCUCGAUCGGGAGAAAGUCACCCAGUACACGCUGAUCGUCCAGGCGACAGACAUGGAGGGGAACCCCACCUACGGCCUGUCCAACACUGCCACCACUGUCAUCAGGGUCACCGAUGUCAACGACAACCCCCCUGAGUUCACCACAGAUACAUUCUUUGGGGAAGUUCAUGAGAACCGGGUAAAUGUGAUCGUGGCUAAUCUGACAGUGACAGAUAAGGACCAGCCUCAUACAUCAGCCUGGGGUGCUGUGUACCGCAUUAUCACCGGAGACCCCACCGGGCGGUUCUCCAUCCCCACUGACCCCACCACCAACGAAGGCCUGCUCACUGUGGUCAAGCCUAUCGAUUUCGAGCUGACCCGCUCCUUCAUGCUGACGGUGGAGGCAGAGAAUGAGGUCCCGCUGGCCCGUGGCAUGCAUCUGCCUCGUCAGUCCACGGCAACCGUCUCCGUACGAAUCCUGGACAUCAACGAGAGUCCAGAGUUCAGCCCCAACCCGAAGUCCAUCAAACUAGAGGAGGGUCUGCCUUCAGGGUCACUGCUUACCACUUUCACAGCUCAAGACCCCGACCGCUUCCUGAGACAAACUAUCCGGUACUCCAAGAUGUCCGACCCUGCGAACUGGCUGGAGAUUGACCCUGUUAACGGUCGGAUUUCCACCAUCGCCAUCCUCGACCGAGAGUCUCCCUACGUCAAGAACAACCUGUACAACGUUACCUUCAUGGCCUCUGAUAAUGGUAUCCCGCCUGCCAGUGGCACAGGCACCCUUCAGAUGUACCUGAUCGACAUAAAUGACAACCCCCCACAUGUAUUCCCGCCUGAGGUGGAAAUGUGUGAGAAGCCUCAUCCCAACGCUAUCAACAUCACAGCCAGUGACCCCGACUUGGCCCCUAACGCUGGACCCUUCGCCUUCGAGCUUGCCAAUCGUCCAUCAGAUGUACGCCGCAACUGGACGCUGCACCGCAUCAACGGCGAGUACGCCCAGCUCAGACUGAGGAUUGGCACUCUGGCUAGCGGGAUCUACGAGGUUCCCAUCCUGAUCACAGACUCUGGAAACCUGCCAUUGUUCAACACGUCCUACCUGAGGGUCAAGGUCUGCCAGUGCGAUCACCAUGGAGACUGUGUGGACAUGGAGCGAAUCAUCGCCGCUGGACUUGGCACCGGUGCCAUCAUCGCCAUCCUCAUCUGUAUCAUCAUACUGUUAGUGCUGGUGCUGAUGUUUGUGAUGUGGAUGAAGAGGAGGGAUAAGGAGCGCCAGGCCAAGCAGCUCCUCAUCGACCCAGAGGACGAUGUCCGCGACAACAUCCUGAAAUAUGACGAGGAGGGAGGGGGAGAGGAGGACCAGGACUACGACCUGAGUCAGCUUCAGCAGCCUGAUGCCCUGGAGCCAGAGUGUAUCAAGGUGGGGAUCAGACGAAUGGAUGAGAGGCCCCUCCACCAUGACCACCAGUACCCUAUCCGCUCUGCUGCCCCCCACCCAGGAGAUAUUGGAGGGUUCAUCCACGAGGGCCUGAAGGCGGCAGACAACGACCCCACCGCCCCCCCAUACGACUCCCUGCUGGUGUUUGACUACGAAGGCAGCGGCUCCACCGCCGGCUCCCUCAGCUCCCUGCACUCUUCCUCAAGCUGCAGCGAUCAGGACUAUGACUACCUCGGCGACUGGGGGCCCCGCUUCCGCAAACUGGCCGACCUCUACGGCGGAGGGGAUGAUUAGCACCUUAAACAACCACCCUCCAUACCCCAUCCUAAGCUCAGGUUUGGUGGGUGGGGUUAAACGAGAGAGGAUAAUGGGUGAACAUGAGUUAUGGAUCUGCACUUCUGUAUUACCAAGAGACAGCUUGCUGACGAAGGUGGACGACACUAGGGACCAUUCUGACUCCCGGCUGAGCAAGGCCUGGCACCGGAUAGCAUUCAGGCUAACGGACGUUAUAAUGUUAGCCCCUGAGCUAACGAAAUGUGAGCAGCCAGAUGAGUGCGCCCAGAGGGAUGCUGUCUCUAAAGAGCUACAACAGCCAUGCUACAGACGCUCACUUAACACUUGAAUCUCACAGUACAGGAGCACUGGGGUCAAAUGUGCCUUUUUGUACAUUUUUUCUUUUUCGAUUGUGUUCAGUCUCGACUCUGCUUUAAAGCUCCCAAUGUUUUGCGAAGGCAGCUGGAGGAGCAAUUUGCCAUGAUAAUGACCGUGUGUGUGUUUGAAUUGCACCUCGUUACUUGUAUGUAUGUGAGAGUGUGUGUGAGUCAUUUCCACAGAGACACACUGGAUGAACACUAUAAAAGGUUAUGUUAUGGGACAAUGGAGGAUCCUGCCAGCAAAAAACAUGGCUCUACUGUACAGCUCUGGGUGUGUAGCUCUCAAUGAAAUAUAUAUAUUCUUCACCAAUUAGUUACAUACUCACGAUUCCUUUCCAAUCACUGAAGCUUAUCUUGGCUGUUGUCAUUCCAAAUAUAAGGCGAUGGAACAACUUUCCACCUUUUCUUGCCAGCAUAAACAGCUCUGGAAUGAAUGUGACUGACUGCCCGUGUUAUCAAAGCCGCCCAAGAUCAGAAUAUUUAAUAUCCUCUCUGCGUCCCCCACACUGAUUUUUCUCCUCCAACAUCAUGUCUAAGCUUUGAUGGAAGUGCUCUCAAGAAUGCCUCCGCUGUUUUUGUAUCACUCUUCUCAGAUAAUCCUGCACAUUUAGUUGCACAACAUAUUAGGUUAUUUUCCGACCCUGGGAGGUUAAUACAAACAGAAAAGGGUAUUUUUAGUGCAGUUUAAAUAUUAUGGUUAAUUCCUUGCUGCCCUUUCAGAAAUGGGACAUUUAAAUGGAAUGUAUUUUAGCCUAUUUGCCAGAUUACAAAGUAGAAAAGCAAAGUGAUGCAAGAUAAAGUGAUGAAAUAUGAUUUCCAUUUAUGUUGUGCAGAUAAAAGAAAGCAAAACCAGCAACACAGAGUCAAGGCUAAAAGCAAAGAAAACUUAAUUAAAAACAUUUAAACCAAUUUUCAUGUGGAGAAAAGAUAAGAUCAAUGGAAUGAGAAAAAUAUUAAGAGAGAAAAUGAAUUGAGGUAUGAGUUGUAUUACCAGAUUGUUAUGUUCGUCUGAAGAACAGGUGCGGAACAGAAUAUAAAUGACUAAGACCAGAAUGUGAAACAACCCAUGAGCUAAACUAGCUAAACUGGGGCUUUAUUAUUUGGAGCCAUCUGGAGAUUUUUUUUUUGCGAGAAGGUUGUUUUGACAAUUUCCUUCCAGAUUCUGCAUGGGUAUUCAUAUUCCCUGGAGCAUAAAAACAAAGAUGAAUCAUUCAAGUUUUAUUAAGUUGAAUUACAUGUAUAUCGUAUGUGAUGUACUGUGCAAAUAACAGCUGAACAUGUGCUUCUAAGUCUGUCAGUAUGAACCCUGAAUUUUCUCUCUAGCAUGUUAUGGCUGUCGCUAUCACAUCAACACAAAUCCAUUUAAGGUUGACACGCCAACGCACAAAGUUGCACACAUUGUAAGGUAAUCCCACAGAACAACUUAAAGUAACAAUAUCCCAGAGCAGCUGUGUCAUGAUCUACACGGCUUUGACACCAAAUGGAAGGUUUGUUUACAUUGAACUCUCAGUCAAUACUCGGGAGGAAGAAACAAGCAAACGACUCCAUCUCCAGCUCUAUAUUACAAAAUGUAAACAACACAUGACUGCCAAAGGCUACGGCUGUAACAAAAACAGAAGGAACUCAUCAUUAUUAUAUCUGCACUGGUCUUCAAAGUAUUUGAUCAGGGAAAAGGGGAUAGCAACCUAUCCAGGUACGUUCCUUCUAUGUCAUGGCCAUGCCCCUUUUUGGCUGCUAACCAAAUAUCUGGUAACAUUUGACUAAUAGUAAAUACAGAUUUUGAGAACUUCCACCAGUCAGAUAAUAAAUAAUUAGGAUAACAAGCACCAUUUUAUCUACACAGAACCCAAAUAUGAUGAUGAGGAAGGCAAUUAUACAUUGUCAUUGGGGGAUUGUUGAUAGGCAUUAAUAUGGUAAAAUGAAUAGACUGUCAGUCUGCCACUGGACGAGUGGCAGGCAGCAUGUACACUUGGGAUUUGCUUAACUUGUCAGUAUUUCACACUGAAAUGCAGCAUCUAAAUUCACUACUUUGACUUUUAACAUUACAACGGUUUACUUUGACGUUGACCUCAUUAGCAUAAUUUAGACGAUUUUCCCACAGACGUACAGGCUUCAGGCCUCUCUGUGGAGGCCUGAAGCCUGAUAUCGUUAACCAUCGUUUUUUUCUAAGUUAAAGUGAAGGAAAUUGUUCUUUGGGAUUUUGAGGCAGACUUUGGUGGAACCCAGAGCCGUACAGAAGAGCUGCAUAUUUGUUUGCCAGUUUGGUGUUCCAAAGCUUGUGAGAAGACGUGUACAGUAAUGCUAGACUUUAGAUAGAACUUCUGUUUUUUGUUUUGCUUUUAUCACAAUGUAACUUAUGCAGCUGAUCGCUAAUAAAGGGAGACUUCAGUCCUUGUUUUUGUAGCAAAAAUUCUUCUUACUCUGCUGUGGUGGAUUAAAUACAAAAAAGGCAAUGUUACUUUUGUCUGCUGAUGGUUUGCCUUAGUGUUCUCUGGUACUCUCAAAAUGGCUACUCACUGUAACCUGAAAUAUGUACAGAUUGUAUUUUUUUCUCUUGUUGUUCUUUUGGCUGUUGUCUCGGAAAAUGACAUGCUAAUAUCCUGAAUCCUUGUAUAUGUGUAAUUUGGAUUACAAAUUAAAACGUUUUUGCAUG